GGCUUGGCCAGGCCCUGGGACCAACUUGCUCCUGCAACAAAUUCACAUGUUCUUUCCACUCCCCCAUCACCUCCCUUUAAUGGUUCUGACAGUGUGUGUGUGUGUGUGUGUGUGUAAUGACCCCCAAACCAUUGCAACUCUGUGUAUAAACAUUCCACUGACCCCUUACGAUGUGUUUGUGUUUAUAGCAAUCCUGAAGACCAUGUGUGCACCGUGUGAAGGAUGCAAGUGGGAAAACAUGUGUUCCAGCAGUGUUUGAGAACUCACGGGGAUUCAUGAAGGUCCCUGGCUGUAACUGUCAUGGAUAAGAAUUCAUCUCUUAAACAAGUACUUUGGAUGCCUAGCGUAAGCCAGACCCUGAGCUUGAUGCGGGGGUGGACAAGGCAGGCAUUGUGGAGUCAUGAUCAAAGGUUUGUUUAGUGGGCUGCUCUGUGGGGCAGUGGUCUGAGCUGGGUGGGAGCCCUGGCUCCAGCCUGAUCAGCUGUGUAGGUGGCCUUGAGCCAGUCACUCAAACCACAGAGUGACAGGUCAAAGUAGGCUCCGCGGUCAUCUGGUGCAAUCUCUUAGGUUACUCGAGGCUGCACAGCCUUUGCACCCUGCACUACACCCUAUGGGUCCUCAGAGUUCUUAAGUGUAAAACAAGGGCAUUGUACCGGAGGACCCUGAAGCUCUCUGGCUCUAAUGUUCUAUAAUAUUACAAACAAGGGGAAGUUCCAGGGAGGUACAUUAGGCCCCGUUCCAAGUGUGACCUCUGCCCUUCACCCUCAGUACCAGUGGAGAGGGGUGGUAGACUCCAGCCCACGGAGAUCUUUCUUAAGAAUGUUUGUGGGAGGAAGGCACCCGGCCCUCCUUGCCUCUGCAAAGUGGUCCCCAGGGGGUAGGGUUUGGAGGUGGGUCCUCAGUGGGAUUCAACCCAUUUUCCACAUUCUCUUUCUAGACUCUGAGGCUGCUCCACGUUGCCUCCUCUCUCCUCUGUGUCCCUGAAUCUCUGCUUGGAUCAUUUUUCUCCUCUUCUCUUCCUCACCUGAGCCUUCAGUCCCUUGAUCUCCUUUGCUUUCCCCACAGAAGACCUGACCUCGUCAUCUGUCAUUCAGUUUCCUUCCGGGAUGCCAUCUGCCAGAUGGGGUUUCUAAUCCUCUGGAGGGAGGGGAGAUGCGCUCACCAUUGUCUGGUCCCGGGGGGUGGAACAUCUAUGGGAUUGUUUGCAUUGCUAGGACUGACUUCCUCAUAGCACAUCUCUUGAGUGUUUAUUAUGCUGAGUCUCUGUUUGUCCUGGCUUUGAGUUGCAUUAUCAAAGGCCCAGUAUCCCAGCUUCAGGGUGCAUCAGGCUCUAAGAAAGCGGGGGAGGGACAGGGAGAAAUAGCCCUCCCGCCUUGUAAAGAAGACAUUUUGGAAAUUUCUAAAAAUCAGAGAUGCCGGCCCUCCUUGCCAGCAGUGGGAGGGCAGCAGUGGAGGUGGCUGGAUGCCUCCCAUCUCGGGUCCUCCACCUGGUGGGAGGCCUGCUGAAUGAUGAACCUUGGGGCUACUCCAAUUAGCAGACUCUCAGGGCGGAGACGGAAUCUAUCCUGCAAGCGAGCCUCAAAACUCCUGUUUUUGCUCCCAGUCCCCAGGGAAGGUAUGUCUCUAAAUGUACAUUUUAUUUCAGAGCCUGGGAUCCUCUGAUGUGUUGACAGGCACAGUGCUGGACCCAAGUGGAUGUGCCUAGUGCUGUGUGUUUGUGAAAGGGACACAGGCUGGGCUUGGAAAUGCUCCAUUCCCCGCCCCCCCGGGUGCAGAUGGCUGGUUUGAGUGGGGUGGCGCCUCAUGGAUGAUUGCUGCGUUGGGCAAGAGGAGGGACUUGGGUACCCUGUUUUUCUGUUUCAUUUCCAAAUCCUGCAGUGUCUUUUACUUAUUUAUUUAUUUAUUUUUGCGGUACGUGGGCCUCUCACUGUUGUGGCCUCUCCCGUUGUGGAGCACAGGAUCCGGACGCGCAGGCUUAGUAGUUGUGGCUCACGGGCCCAGCCGCUCCGCGGCACGUGGGAUCUUCCCGGACCGGGGCACGAACCCAUGUCCCCGGCAUCGGCAGGCGGACUCUCAACCACUGCACCACCAGGGAAGCCCUGCAGUGUCUUUUAGCUAACGAUGACAAUAACACCUCUAUUAACCUCCUGGCUUCUCCUGUGCUGCAAAGUGCCUUCCUCCUCCUACUCUCGAAUGUAGACCCUCCCUCGGGAAGAUGCACUCCUCUGUCCAGCAUCUGCAGGGCACUCAAGGGCUCCAUCUGAACCCCCUCCAUCUUCUUUUCCCUUUGAAUGUGCCUCCCUUCUUCCCCAUCUCCUCCUCCAGGAAGCCUUCCUUGAAUGACCCUCAGGAAGUUUGCUCAGGGCCAUCUCUCCCCAUCCCCCAGCACUGAAAUCCAGGUCUCUGGCUACUUCCUGGUCUUCAGAAUGUGCCCAUCCCUCCUAUAGCCUGGGAGCUCUGAGGGCAGGCUCUGGGUCUCUUCCUUGGGCUCUGCACUUGCCAGGCACCUAUUCCCCAGGCGUGUCAGAAGAGGCCAGCUGGAGUCAGUGACAGACACACUCAGGCCAAGAGCAUCUUGCUCUCCAAGACCCAGCCCAGGCACGGGAGGAGAUAAAAGUCUUGUGCCGUCCCGGGGCCUCAGGGCAGGAACACACACACCUUGAGGAUCCUCUGUAGCUGUGAAACCUUCAGUCUCUGCCAUGUCUCUCUCUCCCUGCCGGGCCCAGAGGGGCUUCAGUGCUUGCUCAGCCUGUUCUGCUCGCUCGGGGGGCCGAGGCAGGGUCAACUUCAGCAGCAGGAGCCUCAGUUCCUUUGGGGGGUGCCAAGGAGGCUCUCGUGGGAGGGCCUGGGGUUCAAGGGGAAGGCUAGGGGUGAGGUAUGGGGAGGGGAUCGGUGGGCCUGGGCUUUCCCCGUGCCCUCCGGGAGGCAUCCAGGAAGUGGCCAUCAACCAGAAUCUGCUGACCCCACUGAAGAUUGAGAUCGACCCCCAGUUCCAGGUGGUUCAGACUCAGCAGACCCAACAGAUCAGAACCCUCAACAACCAGUUUGCUUCUUUCAUUGACAAGGUGCGGUUCCUGGAGCAGCAGAACAAGGUCCUGGAGACCAAGUGGGACUUGCUGCAGCAGCAGGAGUUGAGUGACAGUCCCCAGGCCCUGCAGUCUUUCUUCGAGGACUGUCUGUUCCAGCUCAGGAAGCAGCUGGAGCAGCUGCAGGGAGAACGGGUGUCUCUGGACGCCGAGCUGAAGUCCUGCCAGUACCAGCAGGAGGAGUAUAAAGCCAAGUAUGAACGGGAGGCCCACAGGUGCGCCACACUGGAGAAAGACUUCGUGGUCCUCAAAAAGGAUGUGGAUGGAGUUCUCUCGAGCAAGAUGGAGUUGGAAGGCAAUGUGGAGGCUCUGAAAGAGUACAUCUGCUUCUUGAGGCGUCUGUAUGAAGAAGAGCUGGGCCAGCUGCAGACCCAGGCCAGCGACAUGUCUGUGGUGUUGUCCAUGGAAAACAACCGCCACCUGGACUUCAGAGACCUCAUCACCGAGGUCUGUGCCCGGUACGAGGAGAUCGCUGGGACCAGCAAAGCCGAGGCUGAGAUGCUGUACCAGACCAAGUACCGGGAGCUUCAGGUGUCUGCCCAGCUUCACGGGGACCGAAUGAAGGGGACCAAAGUCCAGAUCACUCAGCUGCAGCAGGCAAUUCAGAAGCUGCAGAGUCAGACUGAGAACCUCAAAAAGCAGAAUGCCAAACUGCAGGCUGCCAUCGCCCAUGCCGAGCAGCGUGGGGAGCUGGCCGUCAAGGAUGCUCAGACCAAGCUGGCCGAGCUGGAGGCCGCUCUGAGAACCGCCAAGCAGGACGUGGCGCGGCUGUUGCGCGAGUACCAGGAGCUGAUGAGCUCGAAGCUCUCCUUGGAUGUGGAGAUCGCCACCUACCGCAGGCUGCUGGAGGGCGAGGAGAGCAGGACGUCUGGGGAGUACACCGGUCAAGUCACUAUCUCUGUUGGGCAAGGCAGCACCAUCGUGUCUGGAGGAGCAGAUGGUGGCCUGGUGGGCACUUGUGGACUCGGAGGCGGGAAUGGCAGCUUUGGGUCCAGCCGCUCCAGCAUCGUGACCGGUGACUCCAACGUCAUCCUGGGCUCUGGGCAGGGCCCUGUCUUGGGCUCUUGCUCUGUGUCCGGCUCUGGCUCCAGCUCCACCUGCCACACCAUCCUGAAGAAGACGGUCGAGUCAAGUCUGAAGACGUCCAUCACAUACUGAGUGACCCGGAGGCCAUUUGCUCCUCCCGCCCUCCCACCUUCCUGACCCCUCUCAGCUCUUCUCCCACUCUUAUCACUCCCAUCCCUGCAUGGCCAGCUCUGUGUCCACUGCCCACAGCCCGAGCCAGCCCACAGGGGGCUCUGCAGAAGUCAGUCGGGUCCGGCCUGCUGUUCUGAAUGCUUGCCCAGUCUGGCUUUGUUCCGCGUACUGAUUUGCAUCUCAUUUGUCCGCUGCCUACACUAACCAAGGAGCACAGCGCCGAGCCUCCAGCCAGGCUCGUCCUCUCCUCUCUCCACAGCCUUCAGCCGAGCUAGGAAAACUCCUGGUUGGGCUUGGCCAGACUGCAUCCGCAUCCCAAGGGAGAGGCCUGAGGCCCACUGACAAGAGCCUGAGGGCUGGAACCAAGGGACACCAUCCUUGCCCUCUUCAGCAGCCUCUGGGCCUCCAUUUCUGUAUUUCUGUCCAAUUAUUUCCUGUGAAAUAAAGCAGCACCCAGUUCUC